AUGCACAAACAACUUCACACAAGGAAAAUUAAAAAAGAAGAUAUCGAUUUACCGUUAUACGAUCUGGCCGCCGUUGUAAGUGCCACGAACAAUUUCUCUGAUGACAAUAUGAUUGGGGCUGGCGGCUUCGGUCCUGUUUACAUUGGAAAUCUUCAGACAGGACAACAAGUAGCAAUCAAGAGGCUAUCAAAGAGUUCAGGGCAGGGUCUUGAAGAGUUCAAGAAUGAAGCACUCUUGAUAGCCCGACUUCAACACCGGAAUCUUGUCGGACUUCUAGGUUGUUGCAUCGAGGGAGAGGAGAGAAUCUUGCUUUACGAGUACAUGGACAACAAGAGCUUAAAUUACUUCAUAUUUGAUCAAGAACGAAGCUUGCUAUUGACAUGGAAAAGACGGUUUGACAUUGUUGUUGGUAUUGCAAGAGGACUUCUCUAUCUCCACCAUGAUUCCAAACUUCAAGUAAUCCACCGAGAUCUUAAAACAAGCAACAUAUUACUAGAUGGAGACCUAAACCCUAAGAUCUCAGACUUUGGCUUGGCAAGAAUUUUGGGAGCUAACGAAAAAGAAGCAAGCACAAAAAGAGUGAUUGGAACUUACGGCUACAUGGCCCCGGAGUAUGCUUGUGAUGGGAAAUUCUCUUUGAAGUCGGAUAUAUAUAGCUUUGGCGUGCUCCUGUUGGAGAUAAUCAGCGGAAAAAGGAACAAAGGAUUUUCCCAUCCUAGCCAUCACCACAACCUCAUCGGACAUGCAUGGUUGCUUUGGAGAGAAGGUAGGGCACUGGAAAUAAUGGAUGAAUGUCUGCGCAGCUCAUUUGACAGAACCCAAGUGGAAAUAUGCAUUCAAGUGGGUUUGUUGUGUGUCCAAAAGUUCCCUAAAGAUAGGCCGGCAAUGUCGUCUGCAAUUUGUAUGAUACUCAGUUGUGGAUGGGUCCUGCCUGAACCUAAAGAGCCUGGUUACUUCAUUGAAAGAAACUCGGGGUACUCCAAAGGCACAUCAUCAAAGGGAGACUCACAUACGCAAAAUGUAGUCACUCUGACUAUGCUGGAAGGCCGCAAGGCCAGAUUGCAAGUUGAAUUGCCUGACCUGGUACAUAGUCUCUUAGUUUCUCUUAAGAAGCAUGAUUUCUAUAUCAAGCAUAAAGAUGGGAAGAGCUACUUAAAAGUGGAAGCCGAUACUUUGGACAUGUAUCAGUCCAUCAGUUAUGGAAAAACAUUGGUUUCUUCUGACCAAAUCUUUGAGCUAGGAUUCUUUACUCCUGGCAACUCAAAUAUGAGCUACUUGGGUAUAUGGUACAAGUUCAGUCCUGAAAGGGUUGUGUGGGUUGCUAACAGAAACAACUCGAUAGCCCAUCCUAAGGGUGUUCUCACAUUUAGCAAUGUGGGCAAUCUAGUUGUUCUCAACCAGUGGAAAGGUGUUGUUUGGUCUUCGAAUUCGUCCAGGGUCCUCUCAAAUCCAAUUGCGCGGCUCCUGAAUUCUGGAAAUCUUGUUCUUUGGGAUAAUUCCGGUUCAAGUUCUGAUGAAGCCUAUUUGUGGCAAAGCUUCGAUUACCCAUCUGACACGCUUUUAGCCGGUAUGAAGCUUGGGCUGAACUUGAAAACGGGUCUCAAAUGGCAUCUGACUGCGUGGAAAAGCAUGGAUGACCCUUCUCCUGGAAAUUAUGUCUCUGGGUUAAACUCCAGUCAGGUUCUACCUCAGUAUGAACUAGUCCAGGUGGAUGUCCCUAGCAUAAAAUUUCGAACUGGGGAAUGGAAUGGAGUUCAAUUUGUUGGAGAUUCCUUUACACCAAAUCGAGCUACUCUGCCCACGUUUGUGUGCAAUGAAACUGAGAUUUCUUUCAUGUUUGAGGUUCAGAACAGUCAGUUUUUCUCGAUAAUGACAUUAAACUAUUCGGGAGUGCUGCAGGUUUUGUUGAUGAAUAGAUCAAGAAGCACCACGUGGAAUGUUAUGUAUGAGUUCCCUAUUGAUCCCUGCGAUUCCUAUGGCAAGUGCGGUGCUAAUGCCAUUUGCAGCCUUAGCUUGUGCAAAUGUGUGAAAGGGUUCAUGCCUAAGUCGCCUGACGAAUGGACGGUCCUUAAUUUUUCCAGCGGAUGCAAGAGGACAAUACCCACGAAUUGUUCAAAAGGAGAAGGGUUCUUGGAAAUUAAAAAAGUCAAACUGCCUGACCUGUUGGAGGUUACGAUGAACAAGAGUAUGAGCCUCAAAGAAUGCAAGGACGAGUGCUUGAAGAACUGUUCGUGCACGGCUUAUGCUAAUUCAGAUAUCAGAGCAGGAGGCAGGGGCUGUCUCAUGUGGUUUGCGGACUUGAUCGACAUGAGAGUGUUCGAAGAACAGAAUUACGGGCAAACUCUAUACAUACGCCUAUCAGGUUCUGAACUAGAUGCCAUUCGUGACCACACCAGGAGAAAAAUAAUUAUGGUUGCUGUUGUAUUGAGUUCAAUAAUUGGUGGAUUGCUUUUGGUCGGAACUGCAUUGUGGUGUCUAAAGCAUAGGAAAAGGAGAAUCACGAUAGAAGGAAUCACAAAAGAAGACAUCGAUUUACCAUUAUAUGAUCUGGCCACCCUUGUAAGUGCCACAAACAAUUUCUCUGAUGACAAUAUGAUUGGGGUUGGCGGCUUCGGUCCUGUUUACAAGGGAAAACUUCAUACAGGGCAGCUAGUAGCAGUCAAGAGGCUGUCAAAGAGUUCAGGGCAAGGUCUUGAAGAGUUCAGGAAUGAAGUACUCUUGAUCGCGCGACUUCAACACCGGAAUCUUGUCGGACUUCUGGGUUGUUGCAUUGAGGGAGAGGAGAGAAUCUUGAUUUAUGAGUACAUGGACAAAAAGAGCUUGAAUUACUUCAUAUUUGAUCAAGAUCAAAGCCUUCUGUUGACAUGGCAAAGACGGUUUGACAUUGUUGUCGGCAUUGCAAGAGGACUUCUCUAUCUUCAUCAUGAUUCCAAACUUCAAGUAAUCCACCGAGAUCUAAAAGCAAGCAACAUAUUACUAGAUGGCGACCUAAACCCUAAAAUCUCCGACUUUGGCUUGGCAAGAAUCUUUGGAGCUAACCAAAAAGAAGCAAGAACAAAAAGAGUCAUUGGAACUUAUGGCUACAUGGCCCCUGAGUAUGCUUUCGAUGGGAAAUUCUCUUUGAAGUCGGACAUAUAUAGCUUUGGCGUGCUCCUGUUGGAGAUAAUCAGCGGCAAAAGGAAUAGAGGAUUUUCCCAUCCAAGCCAUCACCACAACCUGCUUGGACAUGCGUGGUUGCUUUGGAGUAAAGGUAGGGCCUUGGAAUUAAUGGAUGAAUGCCUGCACAACUCAUUUAACAGAACCCAAGUAGAAAGAUGCAUUCAAGUGGGCUUGUUGUGUGUCCAAAAGUUCCCUGAAGAUAGGCCGGCUAUGUCAUCUGCAGUUUGUAUGAUACUCAAUUGUGGAUGGGUGCUGCCUGAACCUAAAGAGCCCGGCUACUUCACGGAAAGAAACUCGGUGUGCUCCGAUGGGGCUACAUCAAAGGGAGACUCGAAUACGCAAAAUGCAGUCACUCUGACUAUGCCGGAAUGUCGGUAG